AUGACGAAGCGAAUGACACCCGUCUCCAAGAUGAUGCUCCGAUCUUUCAUGACUGCCAUAUUGUCAUCAUCAUCAUCAUCAUUAUUACCAUUAAGACCAACUAAAUCACCCAUAUUUGCAUUAGCAUUGAGCAGCAGCAGCAACAACAACAACAACAACAAUCCAAUGAGCAAGUUGUUACCCAUCAAGAACAACAACAACAACAUCAACAAGGCCCCUCUGGCACUCUCGGAAGAACUCGGCUGUAGUCCCACCUUGACGGCACUCUUGAAAAGAACCCCAUUGAUCACCACAGACAACAGUAACAAGAACCAGCAAGAAGAACCUUUUUAUUUUGAUCCGAUGGGCCUUGCCACGGACGAAAAUUUUGGUCGGUACCGAGAAGCCGAACUCAAACAUGGGCGAGUUAGUAUGUUGGUGGUGUUGAUUUCCAUUGUUCAAACUGCAUUCUUGGUAAAGACUCCCAUUGCUGUAUUUUUGGAACCGCCACAUUUGUGGGAAUUGGCUCAAACGCACAAUUGGUUCUUUGUGCCAAAAGUCUUGCUGGUGACGGGGAUUCUCGAGACCCUCCUAUUGGUACAAGCAUCUCCUCAAGACAUGCCAGGAGAUUAUGGACUGGGAUACUUUGGAGUCCGCGACAAGGGACAAAACGAGCGAUCACUAGUCUGUGAAUUGGAAAAUGGACGAUUGGCCAUGAUGGUAUUAUUGUAUUUUGCUCUGAACGAACUGUUAGGACCAUCCGUCUCCAUUUCCAAUCUACCAACCAGUCUGCCACUUCUAUUCCAAGAACUUCAAAAAUGGGCCAAGCUAUGGGCAAGUAUUACAGCUUUUUGA